UAUGAGAGUGCGGUGUUCCGCUGAUCCGGUGGGGAUCCCGAAGGACGGACACGUUCGGUGUGCUUAACUGAAAGGAGAGACACCAAACUUCAAAAACUUGAAAUAGCACAACUAGGCAAUAACAAAAAGUCCAAUCGAUCAUCACGGACCCAGACCUGAAAGAAGUUUGAAAAAGGAACAGAUAAGACUCACGCGGUUGGAAACGCAGGUUGGGGGGGGAUUUUUUUUGAUAUUAGUGAAGAAACUCUUGCCUCAUAUUUUUAUGAUGACAUAGAAUUAGUUCAAAUGAAGAAAACAGCCUUAAUCCUACCACAAGGGUUUAGGAAAUGUAUACAGCUAACUAGUUAGCGACAGCAGAAAGGUGUCACCUGACCCAUUUGGAGUUUUCCUUAGCUGGCUGGCUAGCUGCUUUUGUGAAGUAAAGUACACACGUUAUUUACUGAAGCUUGUCUUUAACACUGACUAUCAUUUACUGAAGCUUAUCUUUAACGCAUACUAUCUUUCAUGCUGCCACAAAAAAUAAAUAAAACGGUUAUGCCGAGAAGAGUCCCCAUGUUAAAUUUAGCUUCAUGUUAAAAGGCGUAGCUGGCUGUAUUUACAAACAAGAAAGGGGUAAAAUGACACCGACCGUGGUGCCAGUCAUAGACGUGCAGACCAACAAUUUUAAGGAGCUGUGGCCUGCUAUGGUGCUCGCCUUUAAAACAUCUUCAUUCAUUGCCUUGGACACGGAACUGAGCGGUCUUGGUGCAAGGAAGGCUCUUCUUGCAGAGUCAAUUGAAGAUCGUUAUAAAGCUAUAUGCCAUGCUGCUCGCACACGCUCAGUUCUUUCCCUCGGCAUUGCUUGUUAUAAGAAGCUUGAUGAUAAAGCUGACAGCACAUACCUUGUUCAAGUUUACAAUCUGACACUAUUGUGUACAGAGGAGUACAUCAUUGAACCUAAGUCAGUACAGUUUCUUGUACAGCAUGGUUUUGACUUCAACAAACAGUAUGCUCAAGGUGUUCCCUAUAACAAGGGAAAUGAUAAGGGAGGAGAUGCCCAUGAGCCGAAUGUGCGCACCUUGUUCGUUGAGCUCCUGAGGGCUAACAAGCCUCUGGUGGUUCACAAUGGCCUGAUUGACAUGGUGUUCCUGUACCAGUGCUUCUACGCUCAUCUGCCCGAGAGGCUGGGCACAUUCGUAGCGGACCUGUCCGAGAUGUUCCCUGGCGGCAUUUACGACACCAAGUACGCCACGGAGUAUGAACUUCGCUUCACUGCCUCCUAUCUGGAGUAUGCUUACAAGAAGUGCAAGCUGGACAAUGCCAAAUCCAUGCAGACUGGUGGGGAAGGACCUUGUUUGUUCUUGGAGUUUUGCGAUUACUCUGGGUGCCUGCAGGGCUACGUGGACUACAGGCCUUGCUCGGACAGCCAGAGCCACGACAGCAGCCUGAACAUCUGCGUUCAGUUCUCGGCUUAUGGGUGGUGUCCCAAUGGAUCUCAGUGCCCCAUGUCACAUGAUACAGACCUCAUAAUUCAGCAGGAUGAGAAAACCAAAGAGGACAAGAGAAAAAAGAGGAAGCGCAGAAAAAAGCAGAAAGUUACCUGGGGCGAGAUGGGUGGUUCACCCCAAGACAAGAGGGCUCACCUAGAAGACAAGGAAGAGGAUCUGGUUCCAGCCAAAGAGAUGGUCACCUGUGAAACCUCAGCACCAGUGUCUGAGCAUCAGCAAGUGGGUGGAAAGGAGACGGAUGCCAUCUGCACCGGUGAGCCAGGCAGGACGCACGACAAGAAUGGAGGCGGAGGUUCUCCAGCACAUGGUCUGACUGUCGGCCCAGGCAUAAACACUCAACACGCCUCUGAGAAAGACCCGACUGCAGCCAGUGACGGCAAGGUGGAAGGAGGAACUCACAGAGCUGGAUUCGACGCCUUCAUGACUGGUUACAUUUUCGCAUUCGCCAGCAUCCUGAAUCAGAAACCGGAGGAGUCUGUUGCACAUCCCGGGAUCCCUGGCUGUCAGAACAAGCUCUACCUGAGUGGGAAAUCUGUCCCACUUCAAGUGGUCAAGAGCACUUUUUCCAAGUCUUCUAAGGCUCACGCCCACAAGAUGGAGCUAGUCUGGGGGAAAAAGCUUCUGUGACAAUAAUGCUGUCAAAGCAGGUGAAACGGCAUAUAGCAGCCUGUUUCAGUUUAAAUGUUUUUAAUUUGUGAUAAAGUAGUAAAUAUGAUUUAUCAUUUGACCCUUGCAGUGUCAUUAUAAAACUUUCAAGUUAUAUUUUAAAAAAUGGUUUGGUUAACAAUAUAUUGACACUAAUCUUUCUGCAGGAAACUGUCUUUGGUAGUUACCGAGAACUCAGUCACAGCUGUUAAAGAAUACCGAGUUAAAUAAUUAAACCCAGGCAAAUUUAAAACACACAAAAGUACAUCCUUAAAUUUAUUAUCAUUAUUAUUUUUUUAAACGUCUGAAUACAUACAUGCACUUGUACAUUUUAUAAAACUGAAUCCAUAUGAAUAGUAAAGAAGGUCCUGUUGUGUCUUUGGUAGAAAUAUACAUCUUAUUCAAUUACAAACCUACACAAUGAGAAAACAGCCAGGGUGAAAAAUAACAUUAAGGUCAGGCACUGGCACAUACAAUAUUAUUUACAAAUAUCUGUUUUAUCAAACUAUUAAUAAUAUAUGCUUUACACAUAGUUGACCAGCAGGGAAG